GGGCCAAUGCCCCUGGCGCAAAGCCCUCUGGGGCUUGUAGUUCCUGCUGAGGGUGGGGCAGAGCGGCCGCUAGUAGCCCUUCCCACCCUGGCUCUCGCCUCCCGGCCGAUCUCCAAGGUCAGCGCAGGGUCCACCAGUCCGGCCCCUCGGGGCCCGCCCCCCGCCGACCAAGCAACCGUCGAGGAUGCGCUGACCCCGCGCAGCCAUGGCCUCAUCAGGGGCUCAGAGGCGGCCAGGGGCCCAGGAGGGGACGGCCGUAGAGCCAGCACAGCUCGCGGAGGCGCUAGGUGGCCGCGCUCAGAGCUCUGAGUGUCCAGUGAUGGGAGUACAGUGCCUGGUGCCAGCCCAUGAGGCCUGCCGGACCCAGGGUGCAGACAAGUAUCCAGCAGGAUCAGUGUCAGAGCCAGAGCUCCAGCAGGAACGACUCAAGCUGGAAGAAGAGAGGCUCAAGCCAGAGGUGGAGGCACUAGAGGAGAGAGGCCCCAGGCCUAUGGCCUCCAUUGUGAGGCUCAGUCAUGGUCCGAAGAGGAAGCCAGUCAACCUCCCAGGGCCUAGUCACCAAGCCCAUCCUAGGGCUGAAACUGAGCUGCCACAGGGGCUGCCGCUGCAGAGGGAGGAGCCAGAGAGUAGCCAGAGUGAGUCGUCACUGUCUGCCAAACAGCACAAAAAAGCCAAGAAACGCAAGAGUCUGGGAGCCCCAGUGCUCCCAGCUGUGGCCAGCACAGUGUCUGCACCCUCAGAGACUUUGGGGCUGGAGCGAAAGGCCCAGCGCCUGCGGCCCCUGUACCAGUACAUCAACUAUUGCAACCCUGAGCUGAACCAGGCAGGGGAGGGAGACAGGGAGGUGGAGGCCGAGGUGGAGCCUGAGUUGGAGCUGACCCCGGUCCCUGAGGAGGCAGGUGUGGAGCAACUGCAGGCCUUGCUGCAUGUGGCAGGUGAGCUGGGCUCAGGCCUUACUUUGCCCUGCCCCAAUACGUUUGUGUUCCCCACCCAUGCUCUGGUUCCCCUGGGAAAGGAAGCUGGAGAGGAGCCUGGGGGUUUGCUCAGUUUGGGGGUCAGCGGCUGCCUCAAGGCUGAGGUGGAUAAGUCAACUCAAGUGGACAUUGACAAGAUGCUAAGUGUCUGUAUGGCUCCACUUGUACCCCCACUCUCUCCUCAGUACAAGUGACUGUCCCGCCCCACUCGUGGCUCCCCUCCUCCCAAGCCUGAACCAGAGCAGCAGCCUAUGGGCCUAGGCCCUCAGGUGGAAGGGGGAAUUUGGCCUCUGCCCCCACUUGGGACCUUGGACUUGCUGAAAAUAAACGUUUUCCUUUUCUCAGACUAUGAUUCCCCAAAUAAGCUGCCUGAAGAGGGAGAGGCUGGGAAGAAGGGUGGAGGAUUCCCCAGUGCACGGUUUGAAGCCUGACUGGUCAUCUGGAUUGCCCAGGAAUUUGACAAAAAUAUAGAUUCCUGGGCACUACCCCACAUCUAACUGAAUCAGAAUCUGCACAGGUGGGGCCC